GCAGCCAGCGGCGGCGCUAAUCAACAGAAAGCUGAGCGGAAGUAGCUGCGAAACAGGCGGGAACUUGAAAGUUUGACAAUUUGAGGUCAGAAAACGUUGCUGUCACCAUCUUAACUUAACAGUUUAUAAAGAAACAACGCCUCUAUCUUAAACGCAAAGUAAAUUUAAGGACAGUAAUCAGCUGAAUGUGGCUAACGACUCCAUGCUAGCGGAGCAUUAGCAGCCCAUGGUUAGCUUCAGCUAGCUCUCUACAAGUUGUUGUUUUCUGUCAGGAUGGCGGACAGAAAUCUGGUGCAGGAGCUGAAACGUUGGGCGACGGAGGAGUUUAACCUUACCCCGGACAGCCUGCCUAAUGACAGCUAUUUUAAAACGCUCUGUGUCGGAACUGGGAAGUCAAUAUGGAAAUAUAUCAUCCAACACGUCUUUCAACAGAGGAACGUGAGGAUCAUGCGUGGGAAUCUUCAAUGGUACAAAGUGCUUCAAGACAAAGAGGUGAAGCAGACGGAAGGCCAGAGUGAGGCUGCAAAGCGAAGAGAGCUUCAGAGGAAGAUCGAUCAGCUGAGAGCUGAGAUCAGUCACCUGGACUCUCAGAUGAGUGGAACAGAGGAGCAGGUGGCCUCACAAGAGCAGUCGAUCAGUCGUACCUGGGCCGAAGUGGAGGACAGCCAGCGUAGAGAUCUGCUCCUGCAGGCCUUCAGGCAGCGCUGCACCUCGGGCCGCACCGUUCUCUCUGAUGAGCUGCAAAAAAUCAGUGGACACUGCCAGACACUGGAGCAGAUGGCCAGGAAAGCAGAGAAUGAAGUGCUGUUUGAUGGUCAGACUUCGAGAAGCACAGAUGAUGAAAACUUCAACUCCAAAGCAGCAGCAGAAGCACAAGUCCUGCGUGAAGUGAGGGAGCUCUGUGACGACAGGGUUCGCUUCUAUCAGUCUUUACAAGAGAGUGAGCUAAAAACACAGCAGUCUGCAGCCAAACGGAUGUCCCGUGAACAGAGGACUGCUGUGUUUCACUACUGGCUGAGUGCUGUGGAGAACGUGUUGGAUCAUUUCCCGCCAAACCACGUCCUCUCUGCGCUGCAAUAUUUGGCUUCACAACAGCAGAAGGAAUUAGAGGAGAGGCUAUCUUCUCUGGAUGUGACGCAGGAUGUGACGGCUCUGCGGUUCCGCUAUGAAAGCAAUCACCUCCUGGACGUGUCGGCAGAGGAGGACCGCGAGCUGCCGCCGGUUAAAGCCCUCUUAGAGGCUGCUUGGGAAGAGGUGGAGCAGAGUUUGGUGGAGUUGGCUCAAUCUCGCUCCAGAGUCCAGCAGCUGAAAACCCAGCUGCAGACCAGAAAGAAGGAGGCCGAGCAGGAGGUGUCUGGUAUCGGAGAUGAGCUCCACAAUGAUUCCUUGGCACUGUCGGCUCUGGAGGUGGAGCUGCAGUGUGUGAUGCGGGCAGCGACCCGGGAUCACAUCCGAGAUCGCUGCAUCCAACUGGACCAAGAUGCCAGAAGUCGACAGGAGGCUCUGAGAACCCUCCGCAGCCAGUGGCAGAGCAUUCUGGACUUCAGACAACUAGUGUUUCUCAGACAGGAGGACAUUCGAGGUCUGAUUAAAGGAAACUCAACCGCCAAGACGCGACUGAUCCGUCUUCACAGAGAGUUACAGGAAUUCAUCCAGAGCGAGCUUGUGCCACAGUUUGGAGACGUCAUCGCUGCAGCCAACAGUCUGAGGAACUCUAUUUCUAAGGAGGCCAGACAGCUGGGAACAGUUUCUCUGCUUUCACUGGACCGCAGGACUGUUGACGGAACGCAGAGGAUUCGUGCAUCGUGGUUGUCCAUCCACCGCCUGCAGUCCCCGACCUUUAAGAGCUUGUUUCAGAGCCUGACGUUCCCCCUCUACAAGGCUCCAGAGGAGUUGUGUUCCCAGUCACGCUCCCAGCAGCUCGAGUUGCGUUUUCUCCAUCAGUUUCUGCAGCUUCAUUCUACGACUCUGCAGAAAUCCAAGAAGGAAGCAGAGCAGCUGCAUGCGUCUGAUCAGAAAGCUCUGCUGUCCAGAGUCACAGAGGAGGAUCAGAAGCUGCUCAAGUCUUUGCUACCAAGAGCCCGAUGCCUCACCCAGCGCUGUGCACAAGGCCUCUGCUACGGCGACCAGGUCAAAGCUGCCAUCUCUUACUGGUGGGAUAAACCAGCCCAGCACGUCCUACCAGAGGUCCAAAAAGGAGGACUGACUUUUCAACAGUGGCUACAAAGGUGGAAACUAGCUGCCAAAGCCUCGUAGUUUAAAAACACAGCAGAGUUCCUGUUCAGCACCUUUCAGUGUCAAAAUAAUCACACCGCAGUGGUUACUAAAUGCACAAAUGCUACUAAGCAAAGUGUCGUUCUUUUUCUUCGUUUUCAUUGUCACUCCUAAUGUAAACUAAUAAAUCAUUUUAAAUCCAAA